AUGGUAGCACCUGAGCUCCGCGGACAGGUAAUUACUGUCUACAAAGGCCGAGAGUACCCCCUCGGCUAUCACUAUUUUCGCGAUCGGCUUCAUCGCGCCUUUUCGAAACAAUCAAAUAUUACCGAUGAGGAGGAAAUUCGAAAGGGUAUUGCCCGCGCUGAGUUCGUGAAGAAAGAUCCCCAAAGUCCCACGAGGUCUCGCUAUUGGGAAUCAUUCUCUACUUCAAAGAUGGAACUUGAGAUCAUUCUUUGA